CGCUGCCGCCGCCGCCGCCGCCGCCGCCGGGGCUGCUGCUCCGGCUGCUGCAGGAGGCGGCGCUGGCUGGCGGCUGCGCUCGCUCCAGUCGGCGAGCGGAGGAGCGAGCGAGCGUGUGUGUGUUUUUUAAAGAUGGCCGGAGCGGCGGCGGCGGUGGCCGCGGGAGCAGCAGCUGGAGCCGCCGCGGCAGCGGGGUCGGUGUCGGCUCCGGGUCGGGCCUCGGCGCCCCCUCCGCCUCCGCCCGUGUACUGUGUGUGCCGGCAGCCGUACGACGUGAACCGCUUCAUGAUCGAGUGCGAUGUCUGCAAGGACUGGUUCCACGGCAGCUGUGUUGGUGUAGAAGAACAUCAUGCUGUUGACAUUGACUUAUAUCACUGCCCCAACUGUGCACUUCUGCAUGGUUCUUCCUUGAUGAAAAAGAGGAGGAACUGGCACAGGCAUGACUACACGGAAGUGGAUGAUGGCUCCAAACCUGUGCAAGCCGGAACUAGGGCCUUUGUUAAAGAACUGCGUUCUCGAGUCUUCCCAAGUGCCGAUGAAAUCAUUGUAAAGAUGCAUGGCAGUCAGCUGACACAAAGAUACCUGGAGAAACAUGGAUUUGAUGUUCCUAUUAUGGUCCCUAGAUUAGAGGACCUUGGACUCAGGCUCCCUUCACCUGAUUUUUCAGUGAUGGAUGUGGAACGUUAUGUAGGUGGUGACAAAGUAAUAGAUGUCAUUGAUGUGGCAAGGCAGGCAGACAGCAAAAUGACACUUCACAAUUAUGUUAAAUACUUCAUGAAUCCUAACAGACCAAAAGUGUUAAAUGUGAUCAGCCUUGAAUUUUCAGAUACAAAGAUGUCUGAAUUGGUGGAGGUCCCUGAUAUAGCCAGAAAACUUUCCUGGGUGGAAAAUUACUGGCCAGAUGAUUCAGUCUUCCCUAAGCCCUUUGUCCAGAAAUACUGCUUAAUGGGAGUUCAAGAUAGCUAUACAGAUUUCCACAUUGACUUUGGUGGGACUUCUGUCUGGUACCAUGUCCUCUGGGGUGAGAAGAUUUUUUAUUUGAUAAAGCCAACUAAUGAAAAUUUGGCACUCUACGAAUCGUGGAGCUCAUCUGUGACCCAGAGUGAGGUGUUCUUUGGAGAUAAAGUAGAUAAAUGCUACAAAUGUGUGGUAAAACAGGGACAUACCUUAUUUGUUCCUACAGGGUGGAUUCAUGCUGUGCUCACUUCUCAGGAUUGUAUGGCUUUUGGGGGUAACUUUCUACACAAUCUCAACAUUGGCAUGCAGCUCAGGUGUUAUGAGAUGGAGAAAAGACUAAAAACACCAGAUCUUUUCAAAUUCCCUUUCUUUGAAGCCAUAUGCUGGUUUGUAGCCAAAAGUUUGCUGGAAACCCUGAAAGAACUGAAAGAAGAUGGGUUCCAGCCUCAAACCUACUUAGUACAGGGAGUGAAAGCACUGCAUACUGCUUUAAAAGUAUGGAUGAAAAAAGAACUUGUAUCUGAACAUGCCUUUGAAAUUCCAGACAAUGUUAGACCUGGACAUCUUAUUAAGGAACUUUCUAAAGUAAUUCGAGCAAUAGAGGAAGAAAAUGGCAAACCAAUUAAAUCUCAGGGAAUUCCUACUGUGUGUCCAGUUUCACGGCCUUCAAAUGAAGCAUCUUCACCAUAUCAUUCCCGGCGAAAGAUGAGGAAACUUCGAGAUCAUCAUGUCAGAACUCCUUCUAACCUAGAUAUCCUUGAGCUCCAUACAAGGGAAGUCCUCAGAAGAUUAGAGAUGUGUCCGUGGGAGGAGGACAUACUGAAUGGAAAAUUCAACAAACAUCUCCAGCCAUCUUCUACAGUACCUGAAUGGAGAGCAAAAGAGAAUGAUCUACGAUUACUGCUUACAAAUGGAAGAAUAAUUAAAGAUGAGAGACAGCUGUUUGCAGAUCGGAGUCUUUAUACAGCAGAUAGUGAAAAUGAAGAAGACAAGAAACCAACAAAGAAGGCAAACGUAAAGACAGAGAGCUCAGGAAGAGAGGGGGCAGAAAGUGAAGGAUCUCCAAAACCACUAAACAGAAGUUUUACAAGUGUGAAAUCAGAACUCAGGAAUAGAACAUCAGAAUAUUCUGAUGUUUCUGAUUCAGAAGACUCUGGACCUGAUUGCACUGCACUGAAAAUUAAUUUUGCCACUGAAGAUUCUGAAAGUUCAGGUGAUGAAAAGAAACAUGAAAUAACAUCAAACUUUAAGGAGGAAUCCAAUAUAGUGAGGAACCUCCUUCAAAAGGGCCAGAAGCCAUCUAGAAAUGAAAUUCCAUUUAAAAGGGAAUGUCCUACCUCGACGAGCACAGAGGAAGAAGCUAUUCAGGGCAUGCUGUCUAUGGCAGGGUUGCACUACUCCACGUGUUUACAGAGGCAGAUACAAAGCACAGACUGCAGCGGUGAGAAGAACUCUCUCCAGGAUCCCAGCAGCUGCCACAGCAGUAACCCUGAGCUUAGGCAGUUGUAUCGCUGUGAUAAACCGGUGGAAUUUGGAUACCAUGACAAGACUGCAGAUCAAGAUUUGAGGACUUCUUCCUGGACUAAACAGUUUGAUAGGACUUCCAGAUUUAAUCCUCAGGACUUAAGUAGAAGCCAGAAAUACAUCAAAAAGGAAAUCUCUUCAGAAAUCAGUCAGAAGGCACAAAGCAGGCAUUGUGUGGACAGCAGUAACUCAAGCAUUCAAAAUGGAAAGUGCAUGCUGAAUCCCAGCUUGGUUUCAGGGCCAUGCCAAAUAGCUAAUGGCAGUCUAAGUCCAGAAAGGCCUAUUGGUGAAACUUCUUUUUCAGUGCCCCUUCACCCCACCAAGAGACCUGCAUCAAACCCACCACCUAUCAGCAACCAGGCAACAAAAGGUAAACGUCCAAAAAAAGGAAUGGCAACAGCCAAACAACGUCUUGGGAAAAUCCUUAAAUUGAACAGAAAUGGCCAUGCACGUUUCUUUGUGUGACAAAGCUGCUCUUGCAAAAGCCUUCCUUCUGGAGGCCAGUCUUGGGAUGUGGAAGCCUGGCGUUUCCACCGUCCACCGUCCCCUGCCUGGAGCAGCUUGUGUGUACAGUAAGAAUACUGCCUGAAGAACAGAAUGGACCUGAUGCUGCAUCUUCACUGUGCCACACCCACUCAGCAAUAACCCUUUGGACCUGGUCGGGAGAGGAAGAAGGAGGGUAGAACCUUAAAAAGAGGCCUUGAACUGGAAAGGGGUCUCUUGUCAGGGCUUGAAUUUAAGUUUGUUGUUGGUAGUGUCUUGAUUUAUUUGCAGUAGUAGGAUAAAGAAUUAUCAAUAAUUUAUUUAACAGAUUUUUUUUUUAAAGUUAACAGCUUUUAAAUUCUUUCUUUUUUAAAGCUAUUUAUUUGGAAGAUUUCUGGAGAAAUAUCUCACUAAUUUAGAUUUAAGAAUGUGAAGGUUUUUAAAUUAUUUUUGAUAGUGUGUGUGUUAUGUGUGGGAAGAGCCACAGUAACAGUAGCUAGUCUGGACUCUUAAAUUUGAUAUUCAGGUUAAAGUCUUAAACAGGGAUUUGAUGCAUUAAUUAUUUUAAAUUAAGAUGUAUAUGAAAUCAUUUUAUUUUAUAUAUUUCAUGUGUUUUUUAUAAGCUAUUAGCUUCGCUUUUGCUAACAUCCAAGGUGCAUACUGUUAUCCAGGUUGAUUCCCUUACAAUCCCCACCUUCCCACUGCACCCUCCCCCGCAACAUAUUGAGAUGACCCAAGACUCUUCUCUUUGCAGGGAAACACCUUCAUAGCCAAUGUUUAAGAACCACAUAAAAGAGUCCUCAUUUCUCGUUUCUUUUGACAUUGUGGUUUUCUUCUACAUGUAAAAAAACAGGCUUGUUUCAUUUUCAUUUCUCCUGAUGAUAUCUGGGUCCCAAAGAGAACAGCUUUAAUAUCUUUUUCCUAUGGGGAAAGUAUAUAAGUUUGGUUAAAAUGUCAUGUUCGUAGUUUUUCCAAAAACCUUUAUAAUUACAGAGGGCCUUCUUCAUACUGCUGGUGUUGGAAGAGCCAACAUCUAACACAGGUUAUAUCUUCCCAUGCUUUUAUUAACUAGACAUAAUUUUUUAGAAAUACAAUUUGAUUUAGGAUGUUCAAAUCUGCAUAAAAGCCGUAAUACAAUAAGAUUAUACUAUAUUAAGUUGUAUAGAAGCAAGCAUGUUGGAAUGGGGUGUGUGUGUAUGUGCGUUUUACUUUUUAAUUUUCUGAAGAAUUAUUUCAAUACAGAUUUGGAGUAAAAUGGGUGCUUUUUGCAGUUUCUUCCAUCUGUCUUGGCUAGUAGCAUAUGGAGGUUUAAGUGUUUGGUUGAAUUUUAGUUAAAAUAUUCAUUUAUCUCUUUUAUGUACAACUUUUACUAAGUGCAAGUUCUCAGUUGCUUGUAAUAGUUUUUAGUUUCCCUAUUUUCCCUCAUGGCAUAAAAAUAAAUUAAUACUGGGGGUCUGAUAGUAUCGUAUUUUACAAAUUCCUAAAAGACAAUAUAGGCAAAUAAUGUGAGAUUUAUUUUUAUGGAGAAGUAUGGCUGUAUAAUGGAUUUGUCUUUUUCACUCAGCAAGGUAGCUAGACGUUUCCUUCUGCACUAAGCAUUAAGUUGUAAGGAAAGAAUUAUGUACCAUUAUCUUUCAUAGUUGCAUUCAAAGCAUAUAUUUCCAAAGAGAAAUAUUUCUUACUCUGUCUUUUACAAUAUUUCAUGGGAUAAAGAAGUUAUGAGUUGAUCUUUUUGUUCCAGAUUGUCUGGACAAAAGUUUCGCUCUUAUUUUGGGUGUCAGGUAGAAGGAUUUUUACGAAAUUGUUAGUAUCUGUAGGAGCCUCCCUAGCCCCUGCCUGCACUAUGCCAUAACUAGUAGAGAGGAGAAUGCAGUCCAGCUGAGGUUGUUCUCAAGAUACCAAACUCUGGAUUGACUGGUCCCUUGCCUUCUCACAGUAUAUCACUGUAAUGUCUUCGUUUUCUGUUUUAUUGUUAGGGCACACAUUUUUUAUUUGGGGUAAGAAAUAAAAAGGAUGAUUUCUUUUUCCAGUUAUAAUGGGUUGGAAUUUUUUUUACAACUCUUAAGUAUUUUAACUAUUUUUUGAUCAUAAAAAUUAAAACAAUUUAUUUUUAUGAAUUAAAAUUGUGGCCAGUAUCCACCCUGUGAAUUUAGGCUAAUAAAACACUAAUUUUGAGUUGCCACUAUUUCAAAUUUUUAAAUAACAGUACUGUGAAUUCAUUUUUGAUCAUUUAAAACCCAUAACUGAAUAAAUUACAAAACUUUUAGCAAAUCUCUAAUAAAGAAUCCAUAUAUCUUUUUCUGAGUUGAAAAAUUUCAGCCACACAGCCAGUGACUUUUCUAGUGAAACCUCUUCUAUAGUUCCCCAACUGUGAUGUGUCCUUUUAUCUCAUAGAAAUGGCAGGACUUUGAAGUGUGAUUACUGCUGGGAUCUGGGCUCUAUAGUAAUAGGUAGUCUCAUCUAUGAGCAGUAUAUCACAGCUUACGUAAGAAGACAGCAGUGAUAGCAUUUAGUUACUUAUAAGUGUGUAAAAUUGAGAACUAAUGAUCUAACAUGUGCAGCUUUAAUAGCAGUAGUGAUCCUGUUUUAAUUCAACUAAGUGACCCUUAACCUGGAAUCUACUGUACUGUAAUUCACAAUAUUAUAUAAUAUUAUGCUCUCCAAUACUGGUAAAUGAUUAAGAAUACAAAACUGGCAGCUUAGUAGUUCAGGAUCUUUGGAAUACAUUGAAAUUCAUAAAUAUAGUUCAUUUUUGAAGCACAUAAAAUUGAACCAUCUACUGAAACCACAAACUCAGAGGAGAUAAGUUCAUCUAUAUGGCUAGUCAAAUACUUAGCUUAAUACUUAAAUACUAGUUAAAUACUAUUCUCUGUGUUACUAAUCCUAGUUAAUUCCUUUUUAAAUGUAUUUAUUCAAAUGAGAUCAGUAGGUAUUUAUGAGACUUCUACUGUGUGCCCAGACCUAGUUAGCACUGUAGAGGAAUCAGUUUCAGUUUUUGUCUGCCUGUAAAGGUGUGUCUUCUCCAGCAUGUUAGCAGCAGUUUUCACUUCUAAGCAGACCUAAGCAGAAGAUGACCCAUUUGUAAGGAGAACAGAGCAAAACAGUUUAACUUCAUUAGUUUCAACUGAGAUGUUCCACUGUAGAAGUGGAAGUGUUUUUAAAAAAUGGUCUCUGUUCUUUAACAUUUAAGAGAAAUUGAACAAGUUAGUCAUAUAAGGGUAUGGUAGAGCUUGGAAGGAAUCAAAAGACCUGCAUUUUGGUUUGUAUUCUGCCAUUUAUUUCAACUGAGCAACCCUGAAUUUUAUUUCUAAGUCCUAGUUUUCUUAUUUGUAAGUUUGGAUAAAAAUGCUUAAUGAUAUUCAGUGAAGACCAACAUUCUUCAGCUAUUACAUCAGUUUGUUAAUGAGUUACAACUGCUGAUGGGUGCAUCUUUAGAGAAAUCUGUAAAUGAAAACUGCUUCUGUUCAUUAUAUUUACUUGAUAUCUAAUAUAUGCCCAGAGCAUGCUACCUAAAAACCUGAAAAAUUCCUAACAAGGUGCUGAAUUAGAAUCAGAUUUUACGCUUGAAGUGAGCGCUUUCAUCAAAGUCAGUGAUGAUUACCUAGCACAACAGAAAAGCUAGCUUUAGGGUUUUCUCAAAGAGGAAUUAGUACGGUACUGUUCUCCAGAUUUGGCAAACCCUUCAGGUACAAAUGAUAAAAAAGGUGAUGAAUUUAAAAUGAGUUAGCAGCUACCCAUGGGACUAGGGAAAACAUAAGGUGACUAGGAAAAAGAACUCUUCCAAGACAACUCUGGGUUAGGUACUAAUAGCCUAGAGAGUAGUGUAGAAAGGUGGCUCUGCUGGAUGUGUUCAACAACAAUGAGUGUUGGCUUGCUUCAGAAGAUGCUCUGCAAUGGUGAGACACUUCCCAAGAGCUGGUAGGAAUCAUGGCCUAGUAUACUGCUGUUAGAAAGAAGGAUCAUAGCAAGUGCGCAUUUUCAGUUUUCACAUGGAGAAAUAAGAAAUGCAAAUCUGUCUCAAAAAUUCUCGUUUCCCAUUAUGUAUUAUACUAAUUGCUUCCUAUGUAAGAGAGAAGGUCUUGCCUUUCAUAUGUAAAAGGCCCUGGGUUUUAUCCCUAGCACCACAAAGAGAACAAGAGUAGCUACAGCCUUCAGACUGUUACUGGUACCCUAGACUUUUAUUUAAUGCAAUCUCAAAAAAUUAAGCAUUGCCGGGCGGUGGUGGCGCACGCCUUUAAUCCCAGCACUAGGGAGGCAGAGGCAGGCGGAUCUCUGUGAGUUCGAGGCCAGCCUGGUCUACAAGAGCUAGUUCCUGGACAGGCUCCAAAGCUACAGAGAAACCCUGUCUCGAAAAACCAAAAAAAAAAAAAAGCAUAGUAUCUUUUGUCUAGGGAAAGCUAGUCAUUAAUGGUGACCAAUAUAACUGAGAUAGGACAGAGAUUUGCCUACGGACACACAGUGGCUUUGGGAUUUCUGAUACUUUACACAGACCCUAGUUUUUUGGUUGUUUUGUAGCAGCUGUCCAUAUGUGUUCUUGGAGCUAGACAGAAACAAUAAUUAGUAUACUCCCUAAAUUGCUGUUCAGCAUAAUUGACCUUCAUUCUGUAGCCUUAUUGCUAACCCUUCCCUUAUUUUGCUUUCAUGCCAUAAGUGAAACAAAUAUUUGAUACCCUUUAUAUAAACAUUUUUAAAAGAUUUUUAAACAGCAAAUGUGUAUUUCCAAAGCAGCUGGCAUAUCUUCACUACCACGGUUUUAUUCUUCUGUAGUAAGUCCCCCUCUUUACUGGGGAGAAGCAAACAACACUCACAGGAGAAGGAAGCCCUUAGAUUCCCCCGUCACCCUUGGUGCCCUUCUAGUUUCUUAAGGCUUUGUCUUAACUGUGACAUUAGACUUUUUGUUUAAAGAUUUAUCCAAUGAUUCUUCCAACAACUUUACCUGCUCUGCACUAUUCAUUAAUGAAACCCUGGCUACCACGUAGCCCUUGACCUCCAAGUAGUUUACCUAUGCAAGAUACUCUAGAUUCACUUUUUUUUUCAUUACAGAAAGCAGUCAUAAGUGUAACUUAAUCAGAAUAGGUUUGUCUUCAAUAGUAUUUUUUUGUUUCUAUUCACAAUAAUCAGCUAUUUUCCCUCCAUAUUUUUUACCAAAACAAUUAUCAUAAGUGCUAGAAAAUACACUAUUUUGCAGGAAUAAAAUAACCAAGACAUAUGCUUAUAUUUCUUUGGAUUUUGUUUGAUAAGAAAUGCCAGCAUUAACUGUAGAGUUGAUUCCUUGCCUAUAAUUUUUUUUCCUCUUAAGAUUCAUAAGUAACAUUUUCACAAAGCAUGCAUAUACUUACACAAUAUAGUCAGGGACCUGAGGUGUAACUUGCUAAGUGAACCCCAAGGUUAUUUUAUCUUGCAAAAGAAUCCUAAACCAAACUAAGGGCCUUACAGUUUAUGGUUAGACUGAAUCAAAUGCUGUAACCUCAGUUUUUCCACAAACAGCUCUUGACUGCACAGGCGAGUCAUGCAGUUGUUAAUUAUGACAUAGCACUGAUAGGAAAUGCAUGUGCAUCUUUGCAGACUGUAUUUCCUCUGGGAAAGACUUUUCUACUUUUAAUAUAAUUAAGCCAUAACAGUUUCACGCUGUGGAAAGGAUGAAAAGGUUCAUUUUAAGAGAUUAUAUAGUAUGAACUUUCACAUUUAUUGUGAAGCAUCUAACUUUACCAGUGUUUCAGCAAGUUUUCUUUUAGGGUGUUGGAGGGUGGCAAUGGGGAGGGGUAGUAUUGGUUUUAGGGGUUUUAACUCUGUGAAAUUUGAAAACAGGACAAUUGUUGGCUAUGGUACUUACUAGUUUUGUAGUAAUGUUUUGCUAGCCUGACUUUCCUUAUUGGUUUUUAUGUCCAUGGUCCCUGGUGACUGUUAGUCUUCUUGUUUGGGCUGUGUGCAGAGUAGUGUCUCGUUUAUGUGUAGGCAGUCAGUGUGUGCGUGUGUCCUUUGGCUACAGAAACACACUGUGUGGCAAUGGAAUGGGGUGUGGCUGGGAGUGGGAUGCCGAAGCUUUAAGAGCAUUUGUUUUUAUUCAGAACAGUAUUUCCCAUCUUUUGCCUGCAGGCAGGGAAAGUGUACAGUAUUUAUUUUGUUUCUGUUUUACUCUGAAUUUGUAAGUCUUUAAGUAGCUUAUAUUAUUAUUAUAGGGGAAGACAAGUGACUUGCUUAAAGUUGUACUUAGAAUUCUUACUUCCUAAUUUGUGUAUUUUUAAAUAUUGAAAUUAAAAUUGUAUUACUUCUGUUUUGAUUUUUUUUUAGCACUCAGUAUAUUUUUUGCUCAUUUUGUUUAAAAGUAUAAAUGUUGAAAGUUGUAUAAAAUGUGUCUCUGAAAGAAAAAAUCUGAAUUCUAUAUCCAA